AUGGCGCCUCCAGUAAGAGUAGCAGGUGCAAACAGCGGGGGACUCUUCGGCCCUGGCCAACCACUCGAUCACGAACCCAACAUGGGUCAGGUGCCCCUAAUCUCUCCAGGCAGUCCAUCCAGUGGUAACAACAACAACGGCAACAUCAACAACGCAGCUGGAAAUAAUCUUCUGAAUGAAAAUCCCUGGAUGCUAGGGUUAUCAUCCAACCAACAACUACAUCUUCAGCAGCAACAUCACUUCGGCAGGUUGGCUCCACUCCCACCGUUACAACCAUCCAACAACACGAACAACGGCAACAACAUCAGCAACAAUAGCAACAACAACGGAGGCAUGCGGUUUUUAGGAGCGGGCUGUCCAUCCCCUAACAACGUGUCCAUUCUCUUGCAGGGCCCGCCGCCACCACCGCCCUCUGGUUCUCUCAAUUUGGAGUCCUCAGUCCCUGGUGAUUUCGCUAGUGGUCUCGUUGAUGGGGAUGCUUUUUCAACAUUUCGGCAACACCAUCAUCAGCAACAGCAACAACAGCAACAUGAUUUGCAAUCGAAUUCGCAACAAAGUCAUGUUGAAACUUAUUAG